AUGGACGAGGACGUGCUGGCUCCUCACCCUCCUCUCGAAGCUCUCAGGGAGGUUCAGCCGGACACAAACGCCAUGCCCCUGGGUCAGAGGAGUGCGCUCUGGAAGCUGGAGGAAGACCCAGGCCCGGCCCAGGGCCUGGUGGAGGCACAGGUGUCGGGGAGUCCUCCCCAGAGCUCUCUGAUUGCCUGCCUCUCCCCCACUGCCCCGGCAGCCACUGCCUGGAAUCAGCCUGACCAGGGCUCUAGCAGCUCCGAUGAGGAGGGGUCGAGCACCUGCGAGGAGCCCAAAGAACCCCAGCCGGGGCUCCAAAACAUAAUCCAGGGGAAGCUGGCCGACCUGGUGGAGUUCCUGCUCCUCAAGUAUCACACCAAGGAGCUGACCAGCCAGGCAGAGAUGCUGGAGAUCGUCGGCAAAGAUGACCAGGAUGCCUUCCUUGUGAUCUUGGGCCAAGCCUCCGAGUGCAUGCAGCUGGUUUUUGGCAUGGAUGUGAAGGAAGUGGACCCCAACGACCACUCCUACAUCCUGGUCCCCGUCCUGGGCCUCACCUAUGAUGGGAUGCUGAGCGGUGAGCAGGGAGUGCCCAAGACCGGCCUCCUGGUUUUGGUCCUAGGGGUGAUCCUCCAGCAUGGCGACCGUGCCCCCGAGGAGGAGGUGUGGGAAACGCUGGGGGUCAUGGGGGUGUAUGCCGGCCAGGAGCAUGACAUCUAUGGGGAGCCCAGGGAGCUCCUCACCAAUGUCUGGGUGCAGGAAGGGUACGUGGAGUACCGGCAGGUGCCCGGCAGUGACCCUGCCCGCUACGAGUUCCUGUGGGGUCCCAGGGCCCACGCCGAAACCGGCAAGUUGCAAAUGCUAGAGUAUUUGGUCCGGGUCAAUCUCGGGCAGUUGGCUUCCUCCCUGGCCCUGUCUGAAGGGGCUGUGAGAGAUGAGGAAGAGGGGCCCUGA